AUGACCGCUCCCUCCGAGGUUACGCCCACUCAGUUUCGUCCUGCCGUACAACCCAUGCCAAUACCGACCUUUGACGGGGACUAUACCACGUGGCCUUCUUUCCGCGAUUUAUUCACCACACUGAUAAUCCGGAAUCCCACUAUGAUGGACCUGGAGCGCCUUCACCACCUCAAAGGUUGUCUCGCUGGUUAUCCGGAGAUGUUAAUACGGAACAUGCCACUGGAGGCAACCAACUUCGUCGCUGCUUGGACCGCCCUGCAAGACUUACAUAACAAUAAACGAAUCCUCGUUCAGCAUCAGCUCAAUCAUCUGGAGGCCUUACCCGUCAUCCGUAACCGCUCGGUGGAAGAGCUGAAGGCACUCCGCUUUAAGACGUGGGACGCCGUAACAACCCUCGCCGUUUUACGACACCCGGUCGAUCGAAGUACUGAUUGGCUGGUACGACAAACAGUAAAUCGGCUCGACGAGCAGAUCCGGAUGGAGUGGCAAGUCUCCCUCGGCACCUCCACCGAACCAGCGUCGCUGGAUACCAUCAAGAAUUUCUUGGACGCUCGGUCACUGGCCGUCGAAGCUGCCUCCUUGCACACAGGUAUCGAGGUCCGCCAGCACACCCGGGUCCCGCGAAGUCCGUCAAGGUGCACCAGGUGUCCACUAGAAGAAAGAUCGCUGCGCACGUUACCGACAAAUGAGUCCCGACGAGCGUCUGAGCACGGCGAAGCGACUACAGCUAUGCCUGAACUGCUUCGGCAAACACCGCGUCGAUGA